AUGUCAGCAACAUCUAAAUUACGAGAGAAUCUAAGCUUGAACGGUAAAACUAUGGAACUGUCUCUACCUCCUCCGCCAUUACAACCUCAAAAAUGCUCUGCCAAUAUGGUGGAGAUGGUGCUAUCAGAGUUAAGAGUUCAACGACGAAUAGUCCUUCCAAUGGUGGCCAUGAACUUGGCUUGGUUUGCCAAGACAGCCAUCACAACAGCUUUUUUGGGGCGCCUGGGGGAGCUCAGCUUAGCCGGUGGUGCGCUUGGGUUCACUUUUGCUAAUGUCACCGGUUUCUCUGUCUUGAAUGGUCUAUGCGGUGCCAUGGAACCCAUCUGUGGACAGGCUCAUGGGGCUAAAAACCUUAGGCUCCUUCAUAAGACCCUUCUCAUGACAAUUUUAUUGCUACUAUUGGCAACACUUCCUAUUACUUUCUUGUGGCUUCAUGUUGACAAAAUUUUGAUUUAUUUUGGCCAACAACAAGACAUCUCCGCUGUGGCCAGGACUUAUGUUUCCUAUCUCAUACCCGACUUGUUUAUCACCUCACUCUUCUGUCCCUUAAAAGCUUAUUUGAACUCUCAAAGCAUAACUCUUCCCACCAUGUUUAGUUCGGCUAUAGCACUGGCUUUCCACAUACCCGUUAACAUAGUAUUGUCAAAGACCAUGGGCCUCAAAGGAGUUUCCAUGUCGGUUUGGAUAACUGAUCUUAUUGUUGUGGUUCUGCUUGCCAUUUAUGUUGUAAUUCUCGAGAAUAGAAAGGCAAACAUGUGGAAGGAAGGAGGAUGGUGGGAUCAGAGCAUUAUAGAAUGGAUUAGGCUUAUCAAGCUUUGUGGAUCAUGCUGCCUCAAUACAUGCCUGGAGUGGUGGUGCUAUGAGAUUCUAGUCUUGCUUACUGGCCACCUCGCAAACGCCAAGCAAGCAGUGGGAAUUUUUGCCAUUGUGCUCAACUUCGACUAUUUGCUUUUCUCAGUGAUGCUAUCGCUAGCCACUUGUGUUUCCACUCGUGUCUCAAAUGAGCUUGGCGCCAACCAAGCUGGCCAAGCUUACAGAUCAGCGCGCGUGUCUCUAGCAUUGGGCUUUAUCGCAGGUUGCAUAGGUAGCUUGGUGAUGGUGGCUGCCAGGGGAAUUUGGGGGCCCCUCUUCAGCCAUGACAGGGGAAUUAUAAAGGGAGUAAAGAAGACAAUGUUGGUGAUGGCUCUGGUGGAAGUGUUUAAUUUUCCAUUGGCAGUUUCUGGAGGCAUAGUUCGAGGCACAGCUAGACCCUGGUUGGGCAUGUAUGCUAAUAUAGCUGGAUUUUAUUUCCUGGCCCUGCCACUGGGUGCAGUUUUUGCCUUCAAGCUCCGUCUUGGGCUUGUUGGACUCUUCAUUGGACUUAUUACUGGUAUUGUUACCUGCUUGACCCUCUUGUUGGUGUUUAUUGCGAGGAUAAACUGGAUGGAAGAGGCUGCCAAGGCUCAAACACUAGCCAGCAGCAACGAGCAGGUACAGGAAGUCCCCAAAUAUGAAGCAGAAGAACGAAUUGAGUCCCAAGAAAAUAAUCAAGCAUAG